CAAUAAGAAAAAUCAUAGACCAAAAAUAUUCGAUUAUAAAUAUAUGUAGCAUCAUAAAGUGAUAAAGUAUUCACAAAAGCAUUUUCAGCAAGUAAAAAAUCGAAAAUGAGGUCAAGUUUAAGGAGCUCAAAAGCAAGAAAUGAAAUGGGUUUUCUGGGUUUAGUAAUACUAAUAAUAGGAAUAUCAAUAUGUAUUCCAAAAAUUGCGAGCUCAGAAAAUAGUAUUAGUAAAGAUGAGCAAAAGAAGUUAAGGUUCAAUAAAAAUGGAGAAUUUAAGAUACUUCAAAUCUCAGAUAUGCAUUAUGCUAAUGGGAAAGAUACACCUUGUGCUGAUGUUUUGCCCUCUCAAAUGGAUACUUGCUCUGAUCUCAACACUACUGAUUAUCUGCGCCGUUUUAUUCAGAUGGAGAAGCCUGACCUCAUUGUUUUCACUGGUGACAAUGUGCAUACAAUUGAUGCCUAUAACUAUAAUAGAUCCAUGGAUCAAGUAUUUGCACCAGCAAUUGAGUCCAACAUUCCAUGGACUGCUAUACUUGGCAACCAUGAUGUGAAUGUUCUGCAGACUGGAGUUUCAAGAGAAGCAGUGAUGGAAUACAUAGCGGGAAUGAAGAAUACCUUAUCCCUUAAGAAUCCUGCCAAUCUUGAAGAAGGUGAGGAAAUUUGGGGAUGGGGAAACUACAACUUGGAGGUUGCUGGUGUUGAAGGUUCCAUUUUGCAAGAUAAGUCUGUCUUGAACCUUUAUCUCCUUGAUACUGGUGAUUAUACAUACAGCUUGGUUCCUCCUAUCUACUUUGGCUAUGAGUGGAUCCAACCUUCUCAGCAAUCAUGGUUCCUUCGCACUUCGAAACAACUUCAGGAAGCCUACCAGAGUGCACCAGAACCACAAAAAGGUCCAGCUCCCGGGUUGGUGUUCUUCCACAUUCCAAUACCCGAAUUGAACAACAUCAGUGAAUCAAAAAUGAUUGGUGUAAAACAGGAGGAAGUGAUAUGCCCAGGUGUAAAUUCUGGGUUUUUUGACACCAUGCGUGCAGCAGGGGAUAUCAAGGCUGCUUUUGUUGGACAUGGUCAUGUAAACGACUAUUGUGGUAAGCUUUGUGACAUACAACUUUGCUAUGAUGCUGGAUUUGGUUACCAUGGAUACGGUAUAGCUGGUUGGCCGAGAAGGGCAAGAGUGAUCAAUGUCAAGCUGGAUAAAACUGAAGAUGGUAACUGGGGUCCUGUUAAGUCUAUUGUUACAUGGAAGCGACUUCAUGAUGAUUAUCUUACCCUUAUUGAUCCUGAAGUCCUUUGGACCUCUACUCGAGAUCAAUCUGCAUCUUUGUUCAAACCAAUCAUGAGCGAAUAAGGGGUACCGAAAGCUUAUUUGCGUAUGUUAUGGCACUGUUCGCAGAUGCAAACAGUAGCUAGGAGUAUUUAGCUAUUAGAGUUUAGAUGAAAGAGUAGCAAAAAAGAAAGAGGGAGAGAGAGUAUAUAGUAAAUAAGAUUUCGCUAAGUUACUUCAAAUCUUAGCCUUUCAAAAUCCAAAUAUGCAUGUAACUAGAGGAGUAGAGGUUAAGAUAAGGAGUUCCAUGAAGUAUCUUUUAUUUAUGCUUGUGUAACUCUCUAUAAGUAUUAUCCUUUUCUAAUGUGUUGUAAGUAAACUUUGAUGAAUAAGACGCUUGCAGUCAUUGGUGUGGGAGAUAUGGAUUUCUCUCAAGAUUUUGGAA